UGACAUGGCUGUAAUUCAAAAUACUGCUCAGGCAACUUUUUGGGUGGGGAUAAGAUAUAGCCAAAGAUGUGAACGGACCUGCUGCCAGCAUCUUUUUUGUUUUUUCUUUCACUUUCUUUCUCGUUCUUUUAUUUUUCUGCAAGACACAAUGGACGUGAUUACCGAGUACAUUGACUUUUCUCAGCCAACCCUCUACUAUAUCCUCGCUCAUAUCUUCUUCAACCCUCUGUUCUGGAACACGGUUGCUCGUGCAGAAUAUCGCUCCCAUAUCCUCACCAAGUUGGCUGGUGGUAAUGCUUACUAUGGAUGCUAUGCUCUUGCCGUGACGAUCUUUACUAUUGGUAUCACCCGAGACUGCUUAUACGCUCUGGCACUUGGUAACCAGCCCACGUACCCUGCCCUCGAAGCCCAGUGGGUCCAGGCUCUUGCUGUUUUGCUUUAUGUCGCCGGUGGCACUUUGGUGCUCACGUCCAUGUACGCUCUCGGCGUCACUGGCACCUAUCUCGGUGAUUACUUUGGCAUUUUGAUGGAUGCGCGUGUUACUGGCUUCCCCUUCAAUGUCUGCGAGAACCCCAUGUAUGUCGGCUCCACAUUGAACUUCUUGGCUACUGCACUCUGGCACGCAAGUCCCGCUGGUCUCUUGCUGACUGCUGUCGUCUAUGUCGUCUACUUGGUCGCUCUUGAAUUCGAAGGACCAUUCACCACCAUGAUCUACUCCAAGAAGAACGAGAAGAAGGAAUAAGCAGUUUGAUCUUGCGCAGUUAACCCCCAACACUUUGUCAAAGACAACAAAAACAUUAGAUGUAAAAGAAAAGUUUCGCUGAUAUUAUCAUUUGCUAUUAUUAAUAAUAUGAAAAGGAAAAAACAACAACAAGC